AUGUCUCCAAUUCCAUUCUGGCAGCUCCCCAAGCUUGUAGAGCGGGAUGACCCCACACCAACAUGGAUGGUAAUUUUUCUAUGCCCGAUGACGGAGGAGGAACGCGACAAAAUCAUGCAAAGACUGAUCACUGUUGAUGGCGACUGGCCUGAUCGCCCUUCUUGUGAGCCGAGGCGAUUGUUGCAAGUUCCUUGGUUGAUUGAUACGCCUGCACACCCGUCGAUUCUUUCCUCUAUCGUCAAACGGGCGGAGAUAACCGAGUCCUUGAUGUUUGUUGAUGAGCAGUGCUUGAAAGAUGAACAGGUCAUUUUGGUGAAUUGCGAACAGCCCGAGGAGAGAUUUGGAACUUUAAGAGCUCCUAUUCAAAGAGCCAAUGUUCUCUUGAGUGCCGCGGCUGAAGGCAUUGUCCUUCAGGGAUCAAUGCCACUCCCCGAUAGCUCCGAGGCGAUAAUAAAACAAGGAACAAAAUCCUAUGGUGAAAAUCCAAUCUUUAUCCUUGAAGAAAUGACCGAGGAAGAGAUUCAGAAAAUCAAAGAUCUUUUUUCGAAAACCGAGGACCAGUUCGACUGCGACUUGGAUUGGGUGGACGUCUCGAGCAAAAUCGAGACCCCUGAUAUAGAAGGCCUUCUUGAGUAUUUCGAAUCCGAAGAACACGAAAUGCAAAGCCCGCCGCGUUAUUUUCUCGCAGUGGAUCGUGACGCUUUGAAAUUUGCCACUCACCCCAAAGGAAAGGGGACGCUGGAGGCUGUGAUCCUUGCAUCGCAGGAAGCUGGGGAGCUCCAGUUCUCUGACGAUCUGGGUGAUAAGCACAGUGAUGUGUGUAUGGGAUAUGGCGUUGUACCAAGGAGUGUAGAAGAUGCUAUGAUGGCUGUGUUGAACCUUUCAUUGGCUAAUAUGGACUUUUGUGAAAUAGUCUCUGGGUAUGAAUAUGUUUUUUGGAAGGGAUAUCAGGCUUGGGUGGAUGCUAAUAUGGCUGAUUAUGGCGAGGAAGGAGACAAGUCAUUUUCGAGUGUUUGGGUUCCUGGAGAAGGUCGAGUUGACAGUGAAGAAUAUUACUAG